AUGGACGAUCUUGAAAUUCUCUUCGAUGGUCUGAAAGGAGAGAAUUUGAGUAAGAAGGCAAAGGAGAAAAGGGAAGCCUUUAUCAAGCGGAUCAAAGAGGUCAAAUCUGGAUACCCUCAAGAGUUCAACGAGAAACGAGAUGCAGAGGACUCGGAAGAGGAUGAAGUGGAGGACAGCAACAAUGAUGGAGGGUCACUGCAUUCAGAACGCACAGAUAAGGAGGAUGAGACCUGUGAAGGUACGUCACAAACACUUGCCGUGGCGGCUCAGGACCUCCAGUCUGUCUUCAAGGCCGGACACCUGGAGAAACGCAGGAAGGAUCACAGCUUCUUUGGCACAGAGUGGCAAAGAGAUGUGAUAAAGGUAUUCAACCAGACAUUCUACUACUACGGCAGUGAGAAAGACAAGCAGCAGAAGGGCGAGUUUGCAAUUGAUGGCUACAGUGUCAAGAUGAAUAACACCCUGCGAAAAGAUUCCAGAAAAGAUUGCUGCUUUGAAAUUUCUUCCUCUGACAAGCGAGUAUAUCAGUUCUGUGCGUCAUCUCAGAAAGAGGCAGAGGAAUGGGUGGAGCAGAUAGAUUUUGUGUUGAGAGACAUGUCAGGGGUCAUUCCGUUGGACGAGGAGGAUCAAGAGACGUACGAUGACAUUGGCGCUGUCGAGGUGGCGCCUAUUGACGAUGACAUCUACGAAGAACUCCCAGACAUUUCCACUCCUCCCUUGCCCACACCUCCAAAGCCCAAGGUGGAACCACCACAGCCAAGCCACACAGCAAAACCCACCCCACCCACUAAAGCUACAGUGAAUAAGAUCACAGACUACCAGAACUACUAUCAGGGGAUAUGGGACUGUACAGGAGAUCAACCAGAUGAACUGUCCUUCAGACGGGGAGACGCCAUCUACAUCCUCAGCAGGUAGGUCUGGAGGAACCAACCCUCCUCAUC